CCCUGAGCAAUAGCAUUAUACCAUUGCUAUUUAGAAUUGACUUGAUUGAUUUUGGGUAUUAGACAUUGUGUUGUCCUGGAAGUUUCCACAUUGGGAACAAUAAUACAGUUAUUUUGAUCAUUCCCAAACAAAGGUUGUCUUCUUAAUUGUAAGAUGGAAGGAACAUAGAAAGAGAAGAAUCUCUACUUUGACAAAAGUAAACAAUUCCUUCUCAAAUGCUACUUCCUCCAUAGCCAUUAGCUCAAUAUAUUAUUGGUGGUAAAGCAAACACCCAACGUUCCAUCUUAUAGAUUAGAUACAAACAUUGAAAACUCCUCCUGAAUUAGCCAUAAUGCCAUCUGCGUCACAUUGGACUCUGCUUGCUCUUUGUUUAGUUUCUUUAGUUUUGCAGAAGACAGGUAAUCCCAUAUGUAAUGAUUUUAGUGAUCUUUCAAUGGCUUUUGAUCCUUACACAUUUUUGGUCAUAUUAGAUGCUCAGUUCAGAGAAUGGUGCAUAGCUGAUGAGCAAACUCCAGAUGAAGAGUUGAAAAAGGCCCUUGAUUGGGCUUGCGGAAAGGGAGGUGCAGAUUGCAGUAAGAUACAAGUGAACCAACCUUGUUAUCAUCCAAAUACUAUAAAGAACCAUGCCUCUUAUGCCUUCAACAACUACUAUCAGAAGUUCAAGAACAAAGGAGCAACUUGCUACUUCAAUUCUGCCGCCAUCAUCACAGAUCUUGACCCAAGUAAUAUUAUAAUCCUAUAUCACUUUUUUUCUUUUAGGUUGAAUUUUUAUUUUGUUACAUGA